CUGAAAGAGUGCAGUAAGUUGGGGAGCGCGCGCAGUGCUGCUCUCUCUCUCUCUCUCUCGCGGGCGGAGCUCUGAGUUCGCGGACCGAGGCGCGCGGGCACCGGUAUGGCUCCGUUCUCUUUUCAGCUGCGGGAACCUCUCUGUCUCGGGGAAUUGAAGGAUUUUAACUGGGAUUAACCUGGAAUAACUGGGACUGAGCCCUGCGCGCGUUCCGAGACGACUCUUCGCUCCGUUCGGUUUGUUUUUGUUGUGUUUGUGUGUGUUGUGUGAGCGCGCGGCCAUGCCGGAGAGUGUGAGUGUGUGUGAUUUCGUGUGUUUGGCCAGUGAGGACCUGCAGAACCCAAACACAUCCGGGUUCCACAGCAGACUGGGAGACUGCAGGAGCACCGUCAGCGCGCUCGAGGAGUCUCUGGAGACUGACCUGAGCUGUCUGCAGAGGAUGAAGAAGAUGGUGAAGAGCAUCCACGCCACCGGACUUAGUCACGUGGAGAGUAAGGAGCAGUACACUGAGGUUUUAGAGAAUCUGGGGAACAGUCAUCUCUCUCAGGACAAUAACGAAAUCUCCACUGGCUUCCUGAACCUGGCUGUUUUCACACGGGAGGUUACAACACUCUUCAAAACACUGGUGCAGAAUCUGAACAGUAUUCUGUCCUUCCCCCUGGAGAGCAUCUUGAAGCAUGAACUCAGAGACACCAGACUGGACCUGAGGAAGCAGAUGGAGAGAAGCUGGAAGGAUUACGAUGUUAAAUUGUUAAAGGUGGAGCGGGAGAGGCAGAAGCAGGCCGGUUUGAUCAGGUUAGACAGUUCGGACAUGGUGGAGGACAUGGAGAGAGAAAGGAGGACCUUCCAGCUGCAGAUGUGUGAGUAUUUGUUAAAAGUUCAGGAGAUUAAGAUGCGCCAAGGCCCAGAUCUGCUCCAGAGCCUCAUUAAAUAUUUCCAAGCCCAGCUCAAUUUUUUCCAGGACGGAUUGAAAGCUGCUGAAAAUCUCAGUCCAUUUGUGGAAAAGCUUGCAGCAUCAGUUCAUACGGUUCGUCAGGACCAGGAUGAGGAAGCGAAGCAGCUCUCUCAGCUCCGGGACGCUCUCAGGAGUCAGCUACAGGUGGACGGCAAAGAGGAGUACAUGAACCGGAAGAAUUCAGGUCAUGGCUACAGCAUUCACCAGCCACAGGGCAAUAAGAAGUACGGCACAGAAAAAUCUGGUUUUCUCCUGAAGAAGAGUGAUGGGAUCAGGAAGGUGUGGCAGAAAAGGAAGUGCGGGGUCAAGUAUGGCUGCCUGACCAUCUCUCACAGCACGAUCAACAGACCUCCAGCUAAACUCAACCUGCUCACCUGUCAGGUGCGGCCCAACCCUGAGGAGAAGAGGAGCUUUGACCUGGUGACCCAUAAUCGCACAUAUCAUUUCCAGGCGGAGGAUGAACAGGAAUGUAUGAUCUGGGUGUCGGUGUUGCAGAACAGUAAGGACGCUGCGUUGAACACGGCUCUCAGUGGUGAUGAGCAGCAGUGGGGGAGUGGCCUGCAGGACUUGUCCCGGUCAGUCAUUGCUGGACUCCGAAACCUGCCGGGGAAUGAGGCAUGCUGCGACUGUGGAGCUCCUGACCCCAGCUGGCUGUCCACUAAUCUGGGCAUUCUGACCUGCAUCGAGUGCUCUGGAAUCCACAGAGAGCUCGGAGUUCAUUACUCACGCAUCCAGUCGCUCACACUUGACAUGCUCAGCACAUCAGAACUACUGCUUGCAGUGAGUAUCGGUAACAACAGGUUUAAUGACAUCAUGGAGGCCAACCUGAGAGAUGACUCAAUAAAACCAUUACCAACCAGCGGCAUGAAUGCCCGUAAGGAUUUUAUUACUGCGAAGUACGUGGAGAGACGUUACGUUUUGCCUAAAGAACAGUCCGAGCCCCUGCGUGUGUACGACGCUGUGAAGUCCAGAGACCUCACAGCUUUACUGCAGCUUCACGCUGAGGGAGAGGACCUGGCCAGACCUGCAGCCAUACCGGAUCAGGAUCUAAAGGAGACUCCGCUACACUUGGCUGUGCGUUUAGCAGAGAAAAGCUCUCUGGCUCUGGUUGAUUUCCUCAUACAGAACUGUGGCUGUUUGGAGCAAAAGAAAGUAGAUGGAAACACAGCUCUGCACUACAGCACAACAUACAACAAACCAGAGUGCUUAAAACUGCUGCUCAAGGGAAAGGCUACCUUACACACAGUAAACUCAGCUGCUGAGACGGCACUGGACAUAGCUAAGAGGCUGCAGCACUCGCAGUGUGUAGAACUGCUGGAGCUUGCUCACAGUGGGAAGUUUAACUCUCAGAUCCAUGUUGAGUACAUGUGGGAAACUCCACAGGACAUGUACGACAGCGAGGAUGACCUGGAUGAGAGGGUCAGCCCACCACGAAACCUGCGCUCUCCUCUGCCCUCUGCUGGCAGUGGGGGGAAUUGCUUUUGGAACUCCAGCAACGGCGUGACCAACAAAACCUACCAGAACGUGGACUUCCUGUACCGCAGCCCACCAGCCAACAGCGCCCCCUCUGGUGUCUCCAUGCCUCCUCCACUGCCUGCAAAAUCCAUUCAGAGAGGUCGUUCAGACCCACAGAUUAGCUUCUCUGCGCAGGAAUCUAAUUCUCGCCACAGUUCAAGCUCCUCCGGUGGGUCGUUCAAGAACAGCCCCCCCUCUCCACUCUUAGAAGCAUCAGGGGCUCUUCCUCGCUCACCCCGCGCCACAACACUGCAGAAGAGACAGACGGUGUGCUGGGAGGGACAGUCUUCACCAACAAACAGCUCCAUUGGGCCUGUCGUAUCAGAGAAGACAACAUCAUAUCGGAGAACGAAUGGUGGUGGUAGUGGACAUGGCAGGUGUGGGUCCGGCUCUCCUGGGUCUGGUUCUGGCGGCAGUGUGGAGGAACUCUACUGCAGCCUGAGCAGCAGCACACCUAAUACGACUGCUAACACCAGCACUAAUCUCCCAGUGCCCCUCAUCUUACCACCUCCCAGAUCUCGCAAGAAUGCAAUGUGCUCUGCAAGGCCACGACUAAAGAAGGUUCGAGCUUUAGUGGACUGCAUGGGAGUCAGCUCUGACCAGCUGGCCUUCUGUAAGGAUGAUGUUAUCAUAGUAACUGCUGCAGAUGAUUUACACUGGUGGUUCGGGCACGUGGAGGGCAAGCCGUCGAGAGCCGGGUCCUUCCCGGUCAACUAUGUUCAGAAAUUGGGAGAGUGAUUAUUUUGGAAGCUUCCAUCACAUCGUCCUGAAGCUCAGCAAAGCCUGUCCAAUACAGAACUGCUACCUGACGCGCCAACAGCAGUGAUGUGGGUCUGGGGAACUUUUGUUUGCUGAUCUUUGUGCGGAUUUCCUUUCAUCUGAGAGAAGAGGAAGUGCAGCAACACAUUUUAUCAGCCCUACCUGCUCUUCAGCUACCGUUAUUGUAAUUUAUGCAGCUAGCUAACUGACUUAGCUUACCUAGCCUGCUAAAGCAGGUGCUGUUUAAGAGCUUAACCUGCAGCUUAUUUAGUGCAAUUACAACUGAGGACAUUGAUUUUGGAGAUAGACCAGAGUCAAGAUUUUGGACCAGAAUUAAAAUGUUAACUCAGCCCACUGAAAAUCUCCACCAGUAGGACACAGAACUGCUAAGAGAGCAGCAUGUUAAAAUGCAGCUGUAGAAAAACAGUAUGACAAAGUAUCACCUAUAAAAGGUCAGCACUGAAACCUGUAUAAAAAGAUCCACCAAUAAGAGAUAAGCAGUGCCUAGAAUCGACCUAUUCGAGAAACCUGGCUAAAAAUCUGCUAAUUAAAAGACUGGCACUACUAAAAUGCAUCAAUUGGAGAUUACCACAGCUAAAACUCCACCAAUAAAACUCCUAUUGGUGGAGUUUUAGCUGUGGUAAUCUCCAAUUGAUGCAUUUUCGUAGUACCAGUCUUUUAAUUAGCAGAUUUUUAGCACAGAUAACCAUCACCCUACAAGAUUAUAGCACUUCUGAAAAUCUGUAUUAGUUAAUAUUUUAGCAGCUGCAUUUAUAUAAUCUUGACAUCAGGGGGUGCUGUAGCCUCUUUAAAAGCUCCCUCACUUUCUACUUCCCUGGUUCAAAGCACUUUUUAGUCCCUUGUUGGAACGUUUUCAGUAUAAAGGUGAUUUAAACCUGUUCGAUUUGAGUGACUACAGCAAAGCAAGGGGAGAGAAGGGACGUGGCCUUUAUUUCUGACUUUAUUCCCCCUCCAGCACAGUCACUCAUACUGACAUUAAUAUUUAUGUUUGAUCAUUGAUCAGGCUGUAAUGUGGGAGAGAUGUUGCAGAAGAUGUAAUAUUGUGUAAAUAUUGUAAAUUAAGGACAGCAGCUGAAAUUCAGGACUAAAGAAGAAGGAAAGGAGACAGUAAUCUCGGUGCUGAAGGGAAAAUGGAAGCGCCGUCCAGACGGAGAGACACCGGAUACUCUUCAGUUCGAUUGGUUAGUGGACGUUCAGUCUGGAGAUGCUGGAUCAUGCCAUCCGUUGGGGGUCAUGAAACGAAAUGUGAUGCUUAUUGACUUUCAUCCGGCCCAAAGGUCCACCACUCACAAUGUUUGUGUGUGUGUGUGUGUGUGUGUGUGUGUGUGUGAGAGAGAGAGAGUGAGAAAGGUAUUGUGUUCUGUCUGUGUCUGACCGGAUGGUGUGUUUAUGACUCUACAAAAUACUUAAACUCAGCUAGAGCUCUAUAAUCUUUUAUAAUGCUCAAAUUCAGUCCAGUGCAUGGCUUAAAUAACCAUAUUUUACAUUUCUAAUGUAUUUUAUUUACAGUAAAAUUAAUAUUUGUGUGGAUGUAUGCUAAUAAUUCUUUCUAGAGACGGAUUAUCCAAGCUCUUCUUAGAAUAAAACAGGUUGUUCUAAGACUGAUGGACUCUGUUCCAAUUGGCUGUGCCUCAUUCAGAAGCACUCAGCAGAAACACCCCUAAAAAUAAGAAAGUACAAGAGGGCAGGGCUUAACAGAGGAUGCAUAUAUAGUGUGCUAAGGUUUGCAAAGGUUUGUGUACUGCCAAGAGAAUAGGGCUGGAGCAGGAAAACUUGAACUAUUUGGCACAAUAUGCCACAAUGCCUGGUGUGGACUAAAUGGCACUUAAUGGAGCUUGUGAGCAGUGGAACUCUUCUCUGUAAUGAUGGAGUUCCAUUCUGUACUUUUGGGAUGAAUGAUGCCUGUAAUUAUCCAGCAUUGUCACCUAAUAUCAGCUACUGCUCACAUCAGCACUGCACAAAUAUGCCUGUUUUGUAUGAAUAAAACUUAUCAUCUGCAAUCUUCUGAAGCAGAAUCAUUUCCACAAAUGUCUGUAGAAGGUUAGUGUUGCUCCUGCUGCAGCUACUCUUGACAGAUAUGUUUGCAUUAUUGAUGAAAAAAGUGACUCUUUAUGACUUUCUAUGAACAGUUUUUACUACAGACUGUAGACCCCAGCUUCUCAGAGCCCCCCUGCUGCCCUGUUUGACACGCUGCUUAUGUGUUCAGCUCUGUGUUUUUAUCGCUUUUUAUAAUGUUUGUUUUUUGCUCUGUUUCCCAUUUUUACAGCCCUGUUUGUAACUCAAGUUAUUAAUUUUUAGAUUGAGAAAUGUUCUUAUAUUUGAUAAGCUAUGAGAAAUUAUGUACAUUGUCGUUCUGUGGGAAUAAAAAAAGCCAAAAAAAAAAUUGAAUUAAUUUCAAUUCAAUUUACUGAAUUAAAAAUGUAUACUCUAUUG